AUGGGGUCGCCGUCGCACUCUCGUUCUUCUUCCUUUGGCGCCGACGACUACUACUCUGAGUCUCGAGUCGAACAUACGGCAGAGGACACGCAUGGCUAUGAUGCCUAUGAGCAGGAAGACGCAGUGCCGGCGAUACUGAAAACCCAGUCGUCGCUCGCCCACAUACAGGUCCCCUCCUUCCGGUCCUUCGCAUCCAGUAUACCCGUACCCUCGCCCUCGACGACGAAGCGCAAACCACCGCCUUUCGCCCUUGCUCGUUCGCCGCGAGCUGCCUCUUUCUCGCUGGCGGAGAGAGCAUCGCCCAGGCUUGCAGAGCCAUCAUCUAGACCCUUCUCCUUGGACAGUCCACUACCACAGCAGCCGAACGGACUAUUGAAUCAGUUGUCUCCACCUCUAACGGAGGAUUUCACGGCACAGCAGGAGGAUAGGGCAAGCCACAGCUACCCAUACACUCACGGCCACGAUCGCAACGAAUCUAUCGACUCUCGCCUGCUUAACAACGAGGCAGUCGCGUCGAACAGGUCCUCCCGACGCUCCAGCAUCCCAGUCAACGCACGUUAUGCUCACGACCAAGCACGAAGCCACGCGCCCAAGACAUCAAUAAGCAGUUCCGACUACUCAGCUGUGGAGCACGAAGUAAGAGGAAGACGUUCAAUGCAUAUACAGCAGGCACCUAGCAUGACCUUGCAGCAAUUUGACGGCGUGCAGCGGACACUUUCUGACAGCUCCUUACUCUCUGAGCCUACUUCACUGCGGGAUCAGAGACUAAAGUCACCGGGUAGGAGAGCCUUCUUCGGGUGGAAAUCCUCGUCGCAGAGGUCUGGUAGCGAGUCGCCUACUACGACGUUCUCCGAUCGAUCGUUGUCUCCAUUGCCUUCGCCAGGCAUCACAAAGCCUUUUGCAGGGUCACCAAUGGAGGGCUCGGUGUCUACCACUCGGCUUACGCCGUCUGGGCUGGACAUACAGAAGGCCAAUGCACGCAACGACAACUCGAUCUACUUUGAGAAUCCUGAUACACCCAUCUUACUCGGUUCUCCCGAAACCAAUGCACAUGUUCGCGAACUGGAACGGGAGCUGCACCAGAUCAGCUCCGAGCUAGCGGGCUCUAUUAAGCGUGAGAUGGAUCUUGAGGACGAGCUAUAUCGCUUGUCGCUUGAGAUGCCAAGUUCGAACUCCGAAGGCCGACGAAGCAGCGACUACUUCUCUGAUUCUGGUGCGAGCAGUGUACGAUAUCCCGUCACAGAUCCCGAUGCACGGCUCGUGCAGAUGGAGACGAAGCUUCGCAAGGCAGAGCAGGAGAAGGCACAGAUCAAGGUUGACGUGGCAUCCACCAUGCAGUCUGAGCUGGCGAGGAGGAGAGAUCUAGAGCAGAUUGUACAUGCACUUGAGGAGCAACUACACAAGCGCUUUGACGAGGAUGAACGUGUCACGGAGCUCGAGAAAAAUCUCGAUGAGUCGAGGAGACGAAUGGAGCAAGAACGACAAGCAAAAGAUAGCUUCGGCGAUCUGUACAGUGCCACAAAACUGGAGCUGGUGCAGCAUCAGAAUGAAAGGGACAAUCUUCGGGAUGAGACUGUGCCGAAUUUGCGCUCACGCAUCGAAGGUCUGGAGGCAGAGGCAGGAGAUGUGCAGGCUAUCAUGUACGAGAAUACACGACUACAGCAGGAAUUGGCGGCGCUGAAGGAGGCGCAGAGUAAUGCUCGAUUUGGUAGUAUCGCCGAGGAGGGCGUGCCGAUGUCACCUGUGGUUGGAAGAGGGAGCCUUUCGAGGUCGAACUCGCUUGCUAGGAACAGGAGCGUGCGUGGCGGGUCUAUCACACGAACAGGCUCUGUCCUGGAUCGUGCCGAGGGUGGCGGUCGACAACGCUCUGGCUCCGUCAGUGCACACCAAGGCCCGGUAUCCUCGGAGGCAGUGAAGGAGAUCGAGGAUCAACGCGAUGCUCUGCACAAGGCGUUGAGGUUGUUGAUCUCGAGGCACGAGAAGCAACAGCGGGAGCAUGAGCGGGCGGUGAAGAAGCUCACAAGAGCGAAGCAGCAGGCUGAGACGGUCACGCCGAAGCGUACUGCUUACCAUGCUGAAGUUGCGUUCCUGAAAGACGAAGUCACGACUUUGCGGAAACGGACCGAGGAUGCUCUCGAGCAGAAGUGGCAGUAUGAGAAGGGCUUGUCUGGCGUCAAGAUGGAUCUCGAUCGCGCUGAGCAAGAAACGAAGGGUUUGAGAGAUCUAUUGCAAGAGUCUAAUACGCAGAAGAACCGCCACUCCGUUCUUUCAGGCUACGGCAGCGACUACGGUGAUGAUGAAGACGUGCCUGACAACAUGAAACUCAGCAUCUCUUCCGCCGAACAUCAACGCGAUAACGCCCGCGAAGCAGCAGAAGACUAUCGACAGCGUGCCGCUUCUGUGGAUCCAUCUAAUGCCCAAGCUUUGAUGAGCUCGGCGCAGAGAAUGGAACAGCUUGCCGACAGACUGGAGGAACAAGUUCAGGCCAAUGUCCAACUUCGCGAUCGUCUGGCUGAGGCGGUCGAGAAGGGCGAGAAAGAACAGAAGGUCUCCACAGGGCAGAUCGAGGAUAUGCAGAGGAAAUUGGCCGGAAUGGAAGAUAGUGUGCUCGAAGCACAGCAGCAUUCGGAGACCAUGCUCGGCAACCACGAAACCGAAGUCCGCCGGAUCUCCGAAGCCACCUCGCCCUCCCUCCAACGCCUCCGCAUCUCCAUCCCAGACGCCAAGAGACUUUCGCCCGCACAUUCGCCUCUCUUGCCCGGCUCCAGAUCGCCACGGAUCAGCAAGAAACGUCUGAGCGGGGCGACGCUGUCUGAGGCGAGCAGGACGCAGGCGUUGGAGAGGAAAGUCAGGGAGUUGGAGAAGUUGCUGAGGGAGGCGGAGGAUGAUGUGCAGGUUGUUGUUCGGAGGGUCAAUAGGAGUCAGUUUGAGGUUGCCGAGUUACAGACGGAGAGGGAUGCGGCGAUGGUGCAGAUGAGGAAGUUGGCGGCGUUGGUGGAGGAGGAGAGGACGAGGGGGGAGGGGUUGAUUGAGAAGUUGUAG